AUGUCGCCUGGCAUCGACUUUGACCGCCCUCACGAUGACGACCUCGACGCCAGGAUAGAGGCACAGCUAUCGCAGCUGUCGACGACGGAAAAGAUCCAGCUCACGUCGGGCGACGACUUUUGGAGAACGCACGCCGUCCCCUCGCGCGGCAUCCCCUGCCUGAAGCUCUCCGAUGGCCCCAGUGGCGCACGCGGUGGCGGCUCGUUUUCGGACCCAACCCCCGCCGCCCUCUUUCCCUCGUCGAGCUGCCUCGGCGCCACCUUUGACCGCUCCCUCGCCUACCGCAUGGGCAACGCCAUCGCCUGCGACUCCAAGAGCAAGCAGGUCCACCUCCUCCUCGGCCCCACCAUCAACAUGGUCCGCGACCCCAGGAACGGCCGUUCCUUUGAGACCUACUCCGAGGACCCCCUGCUCUGCGGCGCCCUGGGCGGAGAGUACGUCCUCGGCGUCCAGGACACGGGUGUCGGCGCCUGCCUAAAGCACUUUGUCGCAAACGAGGCCGAGCAUCGCCGCCGCGUCAACUCGAGCAACGUCGACGAGACCACCCUCCGCACCGUCUACCUCCGCCCCUUUCAGAUCGCCCUGGCCCGCAUCCGAGAGGCCCACCGCAAGGGCGAGGACGGCGCACAGGCCCGGCCCUUUCGAGGCUCGGUGGCGUCCAUCAUGACGGCCUACAACCGCCUCAACCGCGUCAGCUGCUCGGAAAACGACUGGCUCUACAACCGGAUCCUGCGCGACGAGUGGCGCUUCGGCGGGCUGGUCGUCUCCGACUGGCUCGCACUCCACAACCACGGCCUCAAGGUGACCGACCUCGAGAUGCCCGGGCCGUCGAUCCACCGCAAGGUCGACCGCGUCCUGCAGCUGAUCAAGGAUGGUGUCGUCACCGAGGUCGACAUUGACCGUCGCGCUGCGGCCGUGCUGCGGCUCAUACAGCAGGUGGCGCCGCUCGGCUUCCGCACGCUCGCAGAAGAGAGCGAAACCUCGCCAGAGAUCCAGGAGACCGCCGACGUGAUCCGCCAGAUUGCCGCCGAGGGUGCGGUGCUGUUGCGCAACUCGGCCGGCCUCCUUCCGCUGGAUCCCAUGACCCCACCGCGCAGGAUCGCGCUCAUCGGCCGGGCCGUCACGCAGCCCAUCCAGUCUGGUGGCGGAUCGGCCAACCUCAAGCCGCAGCACGUCUCGUCACUCCACUCGGCCGUCACCGCGCUCCUCGGGGAUCGCAGCGAAGUCGCCGUCGCGCAGGGAUGCGAGACAUGGUCGUUUGCCCCACCGCUGCCCACCGACCUCGUCUCGGGCAUCGAGUUUGAGUGGUACAGCCGCGAUAGCGAGAGCGGCAAGCGCGAGCUGCGCGGCAGGACGCAGCCGGACUCGCUCCGCUGGGAUGCGAGCCUCAACGGCCUACCUCCGCUCGCCCGCGAGGGCAAGCUCGACGCCAAGACGUGGUCGAUCACCGCCAGCUUCGACCUGCAAUCGGACCGUGACAUGGACUACGUACUCCAGUACCACGCCUUUGGCCGGCUCACGAUCGCGACCGGCAAGGCGCCGCUGGUAUUCGAGGGCGAGAAGGAUCCGUUCGAGUACCUGCUGCACCCGCACCACUACCGCAUCGAGCGGCGCCUCCACCUCGAGGCCGGGCGGCGGCAGCGGAUCACAUUCGAUUACGAGCCCGUGCGCGGCCUGGGGGCGUGGGAGAAGCGCUUCUUUUCCUCGUUCGGCGUCGGAGGCUACGAGGUGCGCGACCCCAAGCUCGACAUCCAAGAGGCCGCCUCGGUCGCCGCGUCGAGUGACCUGGCCGUCGUGCUCGUCUCGACGGGGCCGGAGUGGGAGAGCGAGGGAUUCGACCGCGAGACCCUCUGCCUGCCGCGCGGCCAAAACGAGAUGGUGCGCGCGGUGCUCGAGGCGCAGCCAAACACGGUCGUCGUCACGGUGUCGGGCGCAGCCAUCGAGCUCCCCUUUCUCGACCACAGCACUGUCGUACACGGCUGGUUCGGCGGCCAAGAGUCGGGAUCGGCGCUGUGCGACGUGCUCUUCGGCCAGGGCUUUGCACCGGCAUCGGGCCGCAUGCCGCACACAUGGGCCAAGUCUCUCGAGGACAUCCCCGCUGCCUCGCUCGGGCCACGCGGAUUUCCCGGCAUCAUGGAAGACGACGACGAUGUGGGGCCCAACACCUACUACGACGAGGCGCUGUCGAUGGGCUACCGUCACUUUGAGACGCGCUCGGUCCGGCCCACCGUGUGGUUCGGCGGCGGACUCGCCGGCUACACCCGCUUCACCUCGUCGAUGCGCGUCCGCGGCGGCGUCUCGCGCUCCUCGAACGCCGUGGCCGAGGUGACGGUCCGCAACGUCGGCCAGAGGAGCGGCAAGGAGGUGGUGCAGAUCUACCUCGCAGACGCCUUUGGAGCGGGGACGGGGCGAAGUCUGGUGGCCUUUGACGCGGUACGGCUCGCGGCUGGCAAGGAGGCACGGGUCGAGCUGCCCAUCAGGGCUGAGAUGCUGUCGCGAUGGUGUCAGGACGCGGGCAGGUGGAAGGUCCGCAAGGGGUGGUACGACCUCGUGCUCGCCAAGAGCGCCGACCCGGCCGACGAGGUGCAAAGGGCGCAGGUCGAGGUUCAGGAGGACUGGGACUGGCGCGGUCUCGAGGCGAGCGAGGAGAUAGACGAUCUCCCUGCGCCCAAGAUCUAG